UCGGGCAGUCACUAAAAAAAUACCGUACAAAACAUUUUGAGAAAAAUUCCGUCGCUUUUUAUUUGCUGUUGCUGUUAAAAAAAAGAUUCAAUUAUACUUGCUAAACUAACGGUUCAUCGGUUUCUAUGAAGGGCUUUCCUUGUAAUUAGCGAGUAAAGUAAUGCGGGUAAAACGCGUGGCGAAAACGAAGGAUUGGAAAACAUUUUUUCAUGCGCGCGUGUGUGCGUGCGUGUGUGUGCCACAGAAAGUUGCAAGCAGCCUAGAGCUAAAUAGGUUGUUAAAUAUUCCCUGUGCUCUCGCUUUAUGCAAUAACAAAAUCUGCGAAUUCCCCCAUUAAGCGUAAAAAUGUGAAAAAAAACCAAUGGGAAUUUCUCAAUGUUGUGUCAAUACAGCGAGAGCGACGUACGAAAAGCCAAAAGCAAAGGAGAGGAGAAUGGAAUAACACAAAAAAAGAGCUGAGCCACAGCAAAGAAGCAAAAGAAGAAACGCGAAGCAGGGGCUAAAAGAAAAAUCGAAAUAAUAAAAAAAAACCCGCACCCGUGUGUGUGCGAGCGAGUGAGAUUCUGUGCGCGUGUGUGUGUGAGUGAAUGUGUGUGUGAGAGAGUGAAACGUAUAAAUAAAAUUCAGCCAAAUGCAGAAGCCAACAACAAAAUGGAUAACAAAACUACACAGUUGGAUUUUAAAUUACUGGUGGAUCAAUCACUAAAUCUACUGGAUAGCCUCAACACGGCAUUGCGGUGCGAUGCUAUUCAAUUCUUGCUGCAGACGCUUAAAUGCAAGUACCCGGAGGCCUGCGACCAAGUCGUCAGGAAUCUGUUCAGUCACAUAGCUACAGGCAAUGACACCGGCGGGGCAGGAGGAGGAGUUGGCGAAAAGGCGCAGCAGCACGAGCUAGCGAGGACGAAGCAGCUCCAGCUGCUGCUGACCGCCAAGAAGGAGAAGAAGGAGCCUGGCUGCGAGGCGGAGAUCAAGCGCGAGAACGAUGAUGAGGAGGCGGGAUCGACGGAUCUGAACCAGAACUUCGAGAAGAUCCUCUGCAAGGAGGAGUUCCUAUGCCUCGAGGAGGAGGAGGAGGACUUCCUCGACGAUGCGGACACCCAGAACUCGUCUUCCCUGCAGUUCCAUGCCGGCAACAAUGUGGACGCCCUGGCCCUGGGCCCCGGCGAUCCGCUGGACCUGAUCCAGACCGGCGUUUCGCUGCUGGUCAAGCGGAAAUAUGCGGCCACCUUCUUGGACGAGGACCAGCUGGGCGAGGGCGAGGACGAGGAGGCGAACAGCAACAGCAGCGAUGGGAAGCUGGUCAAGCGAAAGCGAACCAACAAUAUGCACCUGACCGUGACGAGUGUGCGACGGAAAGAGGAGCACAGCCGGCUGGGCGAGGGCUACGUCUUUCACGAGGACAGCCAGUACACGAUGAGGUAUCAUCACAGUACCGGCGAGUUCAGCGAGCGGGCCUAUAAGGCCCAGUUCCGGGCUCUGCUCCGCCUGGCACUCAGCCAGCACCAUAAGCCUUUCCUCCGGCAGUUCUUCGAAAACUUUGUUGUGAACGGACGCUUGCUGGGUACUACGCCCUCAGCGCGGGUGCUGAAGGAGCUGCGCGAACAGCGGCUGGAGGAGUGGCGACGCCAGAGAGAACGUCGCCAGUUGGUCAUCUUGAUGAAGCAGAGCGAGCUGCUGCGGGAUGAGGAGGUUCAGCAGCAGCCGCAGCAGAAUCAUGAGGAGAUCCAGCAAGAACAGCAGCACCUGGAGGAGAUUCAGCAGCAGCAGCAGCAUCUGGAGGAGAUCCAGCGGCAGCAGCAGCUGCCUGCCAUCUCGUUUGGCGACUCCGAACUGGAGUCGGAAACGGAAUCGCAGCUGUCAUCGGCUGCCCAAGAGAUUAUGAAGUUCGAGGAGUUCAUUGACGAGGGUGUAGGCGCGGGACGUCUGAUCGAUGGUCUGGAGAUGGAACCCGAGAUCGAUGACAUGCUGGCUGGCGCCGGCAGUGCCUUGGGCAGUGUGAACAGCGCCAGCGGACACAGCAGCAACAGCAGCAGCAGCGGUAGCGGGAGUGGCGGUAAUGGGAAUGGCAUCAGCGGGGUGAUCCUGGAGAACAAUAGUCAUCAUUCGCAUCACCUAAGUAGCAGCAGCAGCGCAAAUCUUGUGAUCAACGGCCUUACGUCAAGCAAUAGCAUCAGCAACAAUAAUAACAACAAUAGCAACAAUGGCAGUCUCCACCGCCCGCAACUGACGCUGCAGGCGCAGGAUCAGUUGGUGGCGUCUAUGAAACCAUCUCUCCACUUGCCCAUGUCCAUGCCCUUGGAGAACAGGGACCCAAAGGGCGGGCAGCCUCAUGGCAAUCCCAACGUCAUCAUGCCGGGCGGCAGUUCUGUCCACGCCAGCGAGAUUCAGAUGCACCAGCAGCAAAAGCUCUACAACUCAAGCAAUAAUCCCCUAUCAAUGAUGGGCGGCAUGAUGCAGCAACAGCAGCAGCAUGUGGCCCUGCCACACCAACAGCGGCAGAUGAUGAUGAUGUCGGAGGAUUUCCCACAACACGGGACCUCAAUGAUGGGCAGUCGUCAAAUGCCAGCCCUGGCUGCCUUAUCGAAUUUGGGCGACACUCCCGUCAGCGGUCAACUGAACUCCUCCCUGGAGUUGGACGACAAUGACCUGUCGCCGGACGAGGACGACGACGACUUGGACCACGACAUGGACGAGAUGGACGCGGCCAAGCAGCAAUUGAUCGACGGCGGCAGCAGCAGCAGCACCUCCCUGCAGGCGCCGCCCUCGCAGCACGGCAGCGGCAGUGGAGGCAGUGGGGGUCAGACACCUGGCAGCAAGAAGGACAAGCCCAGCUAUAACUGCCUGCUGUGCCCCAAGUCGUAUCGCAAGCGCAAGUCCUUGCUGGACCACUACAAGAUGCAUCCGGGUUUCUGCCACGACUGCGGUCAGCGAAAUGGAAAUACGCUGGAGGAAAUAAUACACCAUAACCGGACCAUGCAUGUGAAGGAGUUUCCGUUCGUGUGCGAGACGUGCGGGGAGUCGUACUCACGCAAGCAGCAGUUCCACGCCCACGUGGAGUCGCACAACAAGAAGGAAAUCAAAACCUUUCCCUGCGGCGAGUGCGGGCUAAAGUUUCCGCAAAAGAAACUGCAGCAACACUUCGAGGAAACGGGCCACAAGGCCGAUGGGGCCAUCUGCGAGGUGUGCGGCGAGGAGUUUCAGUCGAAGAACGCCCUGUACCAACACAUCAUCCGCGUACACAAGCGCGACAACUUCUUCGAGUGCCACAUUUGCCAUAACCGCUUCACGCUGAAGGCCAACCUGGAGCGUCACGUGCAGCUGCACACCGAGAUCAAAAGGCCCUACGUGUGCGACCUGUGCGGCUCGUCCUACUUCACAUAUCCCGCGCUCAAGGAGCACUACAGUAACGCCCACGUGGACGUAUCCGAAUGCAAGUGUACGCUGUGCGGCAAGCGCUUCGGAUCGGCCAAGUCUCUCCAGCGGCAUCUGCCGUCGCACUCGGAGGAAAGGCCGCACUGCUGCAACUACUGCGAUCAGACGUUCAAGUGGAAAACGCAUCUGGUGCGCCACAAGCAGACAAUGCACGGAAACGAGCCGCCGCCUCCUAAGAAGGGAAAGCAGCGCUUUCCCAAAGCAAACGAAGAAGCCGAAAUGGGUAGCUUGCCGGAUAUGCCAGGUCCUCCGCCUGUGAAAGCUACCAAAAAAGCAGUGACCAGUAAGGCGAAAGCGCAGGCAGCAGCCGCCGCCGCAGCAGUAGCAUCCUCCCAGCAGCAACAGCAAAAGGGCGCCGCGGCCACGCCGACUCCGCCACCGCCAGUAUCGACGACUCCGGGUUGCCUGCAGCAGGAUCAGUUCAAUGCGGCCAUGGUCAGCAGCAACAGUUCGCAAUCCUCCACGGCGUCCACGUCGCAGCAUUCGGUGUCAACCAGCGAAUCUCAGCAGAAUUCCAUGUACAAUCAGAGCUUUAAUGCGGAGAAACAGCAGCCAGGACAGCAGCAGCCUCAGAAUGCUUUGCAUCAGCAACAUCCAACGCCGCCGCCGACACAACAACAACAGCAGCAGCCUCCUCCUCCACAGCCGAGAGUUGCACCCGGAGAGUUGCAUCUGCAGCGCAUGAAUAGCUUCGGGCAGGAUGGGCAAUUUCACUUUGAGUCGAAUCCGGCAGCUGGUGCCUAUCAGCAGCAUCAACUGAUUAGCCAUUAUCAGCAACAACAGCAACAGCAACAGCCUCAGCAGCAGCAACAACAACAACAUCAUCUUGCCCAACAGCAGCAACACAUGAGGAGUCACACGCCUCAGAGUCCACAUCCUCCGCAUCCCUCGCAACUGCAACAACAGCAGCCGCAGCAACACUUCAGCUCCCCUCACCACAUGCCCCCGAUGCACCAUCAACACCAGCUGAUGAUGCAGCAGCAACAUCGCCACAACCAGCGAUCGCCGUUACAUCAUCAUCCUGCGGCCCAACAAUUGCAGCAUCAACAACCAUCGCAUUCCCCACAGCAUGCGAGACUGCAGUCGCCACAACCUGCUCCAGUACAACAACAACAACAACAGCAGCAACAGCAGCAGCAAUUCUUGCAACAACAGGCAACCGACUCUUGGGGCAACAUGAACUUUGGCAAUCCACCCAACAACCAACAGGUUGAGCUCAAAGAUAACAAAUUCUAUAUAGUGGAAUCGGCCGAGUUCCUAGGGCUUCCAAUGAAUGUACCGCCUUCUCCACAGCAGCAGCAACAAGCGGUAAGCAAACCCCAGCAGCAGCAGCCGCAACAACACCCUCAACCGCAGCAACCAGAUCCAACCCUCGCUGGUGAUCUGAUGAGCUUCCAGCAUAUGUGGCCGGCGCCUGGGUUCAGCCAAUCUCAACAGCAGCAGCAACAACCACAACAACAACAGCAGCAGCAGCAGCAGCAGGCGGCGCAACAGCAGCAACAGGCCCAGGCUCAAGCGAAUGCGAGUGAUCCCCACAACUAUAAUAACAUCGGCAGCAUACUCACGAAUCUCAUUGACACAAAUCCCGCGCCAAUGGAGUACAAUUUCGACUUGAUGCAGCAGCAACAAACGACGUCGUCUCAGCAACAACAGGCGGCGCAGCAGCAACAUCACGGCGCCGGUAGCUAUGCAAGCGCUUUGAUGCGCAGUGGAGGCAGCGUUUACGGAGGAGCCUAUGACCAGCACCUGAGCGACCAGCUGGUCAGCGAGCAGCAGAAACAAAACAGCUUUCAACCCUACCACCCACAUGGCCUGCAGCCGCAACAGCAGCAGCCAUUGCAUCCGCAUCUGCUGCCACCGCCAGCUCCGCACAGCAAUGUGUACGAUCGCACGGGAGUUGGAGUCGGUGUGGGUGUCGGAGUAGGCGUUGGUGUGGGCUAUUCCAUGCUGGGAGACGAUACGAAGAGUGUGCUGCCGCCCAUGAUGGGUGGCAUGAUGCAGCAAAUGCCGCCGCAUGGCCAGCAACCGGAUCUAAUCUACUACCCAGUGAAGAACGAUUGACAGUCGAAGCAUCAUCAGCAGCAAGCACAGCAGCCGAACCACCAUCACCACCAUCGCUGGUGGACAGAGCCAGCCAAGAGAGGCGAUGUUUUUCAUUGAAGAAACAACCGAAAACAGGAAACGGAAUACGGAACAAGUUCGCUUAGAUUGUAAGUGUAGGGGGAGGGUGGAUGUGUGGGACGCGAGGAGUUGUAGAUAGGGCAAUCCACAUAUUUUUUUGAAAUUAAGAGCAAUAACAUAAAGAUUAGAGCGGAAAGAGCUCAGAAUUUCUAAUCCGACCGGCGCUAUGAUACGUGUAUAAAAUGUAAUCAUUUACAAAAUACAUCAAAUAAACAAGCAUGUAUACAUAAAUAAAUUCAGACAUAUACAUAGUAGCACCUAAGCAAAGCAAGAGCAAGAAUUAAAUUAAAACCUAUAAAUAAUAAAUAUAUAUAAAUUAUAUGAAACAUAUAUAUUAGUAUAAGCAGCUAAAAUAAUGGCAGACCACAAGCAACUUUCGAACAAAUUUUAUGCUUAUUUAACAUUUACCAUACGAGUUAUAAAUGCAACACUACACAAAUACGUACGUUGAUGUAUAAUCAAAACAAUCCAACAUUUAUUCAUACAUAUGAUAUCUAUGUAAACCGCGAGAGACCCCUAUAUUGUAGAUGAUUGAUUUGAGCUUGGGUCGGGUCAUGCAUCACAAACGGAAACAAAAGAAAACAAAUGUACACGACGCUUUGAGCCCGGGCCUAGCGCCACACAAAGUUGUAACCAUAUCAUGAGGCCUCUUCCCCGUAUAAUUAAUUGUAUUUUCGAUAGUGCUUGUUAUUUUCUAUUUAGUUAACGAAUUGAUUAUACUUAUAAAGCCUUUCUGCUGAAUACCGCCAGCCACACUUUUGUUAGAUUAGUGCCUAAGUCUAGUUGAUAUCCCAAUGUAUACCCCGACAUUUUGUGGCUUUUUACACCCAAACCUUGUAUAGCUACUCUAUAGCAUUUCCGAUUUUUUUGAGCUCCCCCAUUCUACUUCCGAUUUAUUACAUUUUGUUCGAUGAAUUUCCUUAAAUUCAAGACAGGCCCAAACAUUUAAGUUAAUCACAGCGUUGUUCUUGUUUUACACAUUAUUCAAAUUCAGCAACAUAAGAAUUUUAAAUUUAAGUGAAAGUUUAAAACGUUAAAUGUGUAAGCAUACUUUUAUGAACAAAACAAAAGCAAAAAAAAUGAAACCAACAACAAACUUCACUAAAAUUAGGUUUGUAUUCUGGAUACAAAAAAGAAGCAAAAUGGCAAUUAAAAAGAAAGAACACAAUAUAAAUA